AUGCCUUCUUUCAAAAGCAUUCGCAGGCAGGUCCUGUGGAAUUUGAACUCGAGAUACAUUUACGGGCGCUAUCCUCUCCUACACACCUUAGUAUUCAUCACCGAAAUAAUCAUGGUUUCUUUUCUGGUGUCCAAGUUCAACAGCUACUAUGCUGCGAGACCAGGUAUGAUUGACCGAUCGCGAUAUGUUCUUCACAUGUUUCUGACGUCUCCUUCANNGGUGCUUGGUGGUGUAGCCGACACUGUCGCCCAGUCUCUCACAGCAGUCAGAGAACGCGCCGUUCGCAAACCUGGUGGCCCUGACCCCAAGACCGAUCGAUUGGCUAUCGAGAUUCAUGAGGUGGACCGCAGAAUCUCAGAGGAAGAGCUCAUUCCUGAUUCCAAGGUGCUGCCUCCGCCGUUCGACUUUGAGAGGUACAGAGAACCAAGAGCAAGACACAAGGAAUCAAAAGUGCUGAUACGCUGGGCNAGAUUGACAAGAUUCAUGGCAUACGGUUUUAUCAUGGCCCCCAUUCAACACAAGUGGUUCGGCUUCCUCAAUCGCAUCUUCCCUCUUACCGCUGGAGCUGGUACCAGCGCAGCAGCCAAGAGAACCGCCUUUGACCAACUUCUGUUUGCACCAGUUGGUCUCGGAGCCUUCUUCACCUUCAUGACUGUGGCAGAAGGAGGUGGUCGUAAGGAGAUCCAGAAGAAGUUCCAGGAUAUCUACAUUCCUUCGCUGAAGGCCAACUACUUGGUCUGGCCCGCCGUACAGCUGAUCAACUUCAGACUGAUGCCGCGUCAAUUCCAGAUUCCAUUUGUCUCAACAAUUGGUAUUGCAUGGACAGCCUACCUUUCCCUGACCAACUCGGCAGAAGAGGCUUAG